AUGACAUCUGAACCCAAGGCCGGGGGAGAAUGUUUGUUAAACAGCAGGGACAAAAACGAUCAGACACCACUCCACUAUGCAGCGACUAAAGGAAGUUUACAGCUCAUUCAAGAGCUUCUCAAAACUGGGGCCAAAGUCGACGUCAAAGAUGAAGACGAAAGGAUUCCACUUCAUUAUGCUGUGGAAAAUGGUGAUCUUGAAUGUGUUCGGGUGUUGUUGGAAGCCUGCCCAGAGUCAAUUCACAUAACCGACUUUUGCCUCCAAAAUUGUUUGCAUUUUUCUGCUUGGCACGGUCAUCUUGCAGUCACAAAAUAUCUGUUGGAUCAAGGAGCUGCUGUCGACAGCAGAUGUGAUGAACGCCUGACUCCGCUAAUUCAGUCGGCAUUUUGCGGUUGUAAUUUGACAACUAGCCUGUUGUUGGAUCACGGAGCGAAGAUUGAUGCUACAGACAAGAACGGGUGCACCGCUUUGAUUGCUGCAGCAUCUCGAGGUAGGGUGAGUGUUCUGCGGCUGCUGUUGGACCGAGGAGCGGACAUUCGACUUGUAACAACUGACGGUAAAAACUGCCUGGAAACUGCAAUAGCUAACGGUCACCAAGAUGUCUGUAUGGAAAUUAUCAAGCAUGAGAGGUGGAAGGAAGCUUUUCCAGUGUGUGACAAAAGAAGCAAUUUCAUUCCAUUAAAAAGUCUCAUUGAAACGUUCCCUUCUGUGUCCAAGGUGGUUUUGGAUAAAUGCAUUCAGAGCUCCCAUCACUUACGAACAGAUGAGGAUUACUCGGUUACUUAUGACUUUAAAUACGUGAAUCCCCAUCCCUCCUUGCUUAGCGAUGGACGAGUCUUCUUUGCUCCAAAGACAAUGCUGGACUAUGGAAGAGAAGAAUUAAUUUUUCAUCCACUGAUCAUCGAGCUGAUGCGAUGUAAAUGGCAGCACAUGGGCGUCAGGUAUUUUUACAUCUCUGCCGUGAUUUACCUGUUUUACCUUGGAAACUUGACGCUUUACAUGUUGUGCAUUCAACAUCUUUAUUUGCUCAAUUCCGCCCGACCAGUUAUUCCACCCAGACAGAAUGUGUGUAUCUUUGCUCGCAUAGAGGUCUGGGAGAUUUUCAUUGCAGUUAUGACAGCUGUUUAUUUGCUGAUAGAAAUGCAUCAAGCAUUCUCGGAAACAUGGAACUACAUUGAAUUCAGCAACAUUGCUGAUAUUUGCACCUUCUCAACGGCACUCAUUUCCAUUUUUCCUGAGCCUUUGGGUUUGGAAUUUCCUGAUAAAUGUGUUUUCCUUGUUAUUUCUGUGCUGUUUGGAUAUCUCGCGCUUUUACUGUAUCUGCAAAGUGUAUUUGAAUCUGGAAUACACGUCACCAUGCUUUUUGUUGUGCUGAAGACAUUAGGCAAGGUGGCAGUGAUGUUCUCCAUAUUAAUCUUUGCUUUUGCUUUGGUAUUUCAAAUGCUUUUAUCAAAGGAAGCAAAUGCCAUAGCUCUCAACAUGACAAUGAAUGGAACUUUGUUGGGAGAUAUUGAUAAGGACCCAUUUCAGUCAUUACAUUUGUCUUUUGUGAAGGUGGUUGCCAUGACAAUCGGUGAAAUCGAAUACACCCGCUUUUUCAUUGACCAGCGGCUGUUUUCGCCGACCUUAAGCCAAGCAGUAUUCUUGGUAUUUUGUGUCAUGAUGCCGAUUGUACUAAUGAAUUUGACGAUUGGUCUCGCUGUUGGUGAUAUCGAUUCCAUUCAGCAAAAUGCCGAAUUUAAACGUUUAUCUAUAAAGAUUGAAGUUAUCCACGAGUUCCACGAAAAAUCGCCCCUGUGGCUUCUUCAUCGUUUACAUCAGCCAAAGUCGGUUAAACAGCCGAACAGGAAGGCAAAAACUAUACUGCAAAAAAUAAAGGGCUUAGGGAACAGACUGGUCAGCGGAAAAAAAGCAAAAUACACGGUAGAGGACGCGGAAAGAAAUUUGGCUGAUCAUCUGACAAAGAUUUUGACAUCAAGAAUGAAGGAACAAGAUGAUAGAAUCAGUGGUAUAACCCUGGAAAUGAAGGAACAACGAAAACUGCUCGAGUCACUGCUCCAAAGGAUGCCCGGGACUGAAGCACGAAGAACUUUGAGCGACGAUUAAAAAAAGGGAAAAAACAUGAUCAUAGAACAGUCAGACAACAAGGAAAAAUAAGGGUUGAACACUGACAACCGUGGGUCUUUGCUCAUGGUGUGAGAGCCUAGCUAUGCUAUGAAAGUUAAAAGUUUCGUCAACCUUCGGCAAAAAACAUCAUAGUAGCCAGUCGUAGUUUUGCCUCUAGGAGCCAGGAAUUUACUGGUUGAUUUUAAUGUUACAGAUGGUCCCAGGAAAGCAUGGAUUUUCGCUUUUCUGACAGGGUCUCUUUCAGUGACUAAAACUAAACUGAUUUAUGGAUUGAUUAAAGGAAAAUUACUAUUACAUGUUACUGGAGUAUAGGUCGUAAAAAGGAAAUGAGAAUAAACAAUAAUGAUGAUUACAAUAAA